CGAAGCGGAGCACUGGAUGUCUUGGCCGGUGGCGGUGGUAAUUUCACACUAGCGCCGUUUACACCGUAUCCCGCGCCCCGCCAAUCAGGGGCCAUUCUAUACCGGCCGUUGAUUUUACUCCAGGAGGGUCUUUCUCCUUAAGAGGGCCGUUCCCUGCGCUGUAUUUACCACUCCACAGGCAAUUGUGCUUUGCUUCCUCCCAUACACUAAUUUUUUCUUCUCCAAUUGUUCGUCUCGGUUUAACACCUUGCCUAUACAUUCAACAUGUCUCCCGUUGCGCUCGAGAAGGAGGACCACUCCCGCGAUGCCAACUUCAACAAGGCCAUGCACGGCAAGUCUGCCCAGGCCCAGGGCGGUAUGGCAGCCAUGUUGAAAAAGGACAAGGCUGCCCAGCAGGCUGCUGUCGACGAGUACUUCAAGCACUGGGACAACAAAGCCGCUGCCGACGAGACAGAGGAGACGCGCAAGGCUCGCCGCGAUGAGUAUGCCACCCUCACCCGCCACUACUACAACCUCGCGACCGACCUGUACGAGUACGGCUGGGGCCAGAGCUUCCACUUCUGCCGCUUUGCCUACGGCGAGCCCUUUUACCAGGCCAUUGCCCGCCACGAGCACUACCUGGCGCACAAGAUGGGAUUGACCGACAACAUGCGCGUGCUCGACGUUGGCUGCGGUGUCGGAGGACCUGCCAGAGAAAUGGUCAAGUUCGCCAACGUCAACGUUGUGGGUCUGAACAACAACGACUACCAGAUCGAGCGCGCCACUCGGUACGCUGAGAAGGAGGGUCUUUCGCACAAGCUCAAGUACACCAAGGGCGACUUCAUGCAAAUGUCCUUCCCUGACAACUCGUUCGACGCUGUCUACGCCAUCGAGGCCACCGUGCACGCACCGUCCCUCGAGGGUAUCUACAGCGAGAUCUUCCGCGUCCUCAAGCCCGGCGGUGUGUUUGGCGUCUACGAGUGGCUCAUGACCGACAAGUACGACAACGACAACCCCGAGCACCGCGAAAUCCGUCUCGGUAUCGAGAUUGGUGACGGUAUCUCGAACAUGGAGAAGAUCGAGGUGGCCCUCAAGGCCAUGAAGGCCGCCGGCUUCGUCAUGGAGCACCACGAGGACUUGGCCGACCGGGACGAGGACCCCGCUCCGUGGUACUGGCCGCUUUCUGGCCAGAUGAAGUACAUCCAGACCAUCGGCGACGUUCCCACGAUCCUGCGAAUGACCAAGAUCGGCCGUGGCUUUGUCCACAGGUUCGUCGGUGCCCUCGAGAUGGUCGGUAUUGCGCCCAAGGGAACUCAGAAGACUGCCGACAGUCUUGCGCUCGCUGCCGACUGCCUCGUUGCUGGCGGCAAGCAGAAGCUCUUCACGCCCAUGUACCUGAUGGUUGGCCGCAAGCCGGAGGCGUAGAUGGUCGCUUUCUCUUUUCUUCUUUUCUAGUCUGCGGGUUUUCGGAUUGGUGCAUCUCAAAAAGAGAAUUUUGAGCACUUGCAACUAUAUCUUGUUGUAAUAAUGGGCUAUCAGUAGGGCGAUCUGCAGUAAUGUCAACGCAGUGACGGUUAGCAUAGACAGGCAUGGCAUAUAGAGCUAAUACCUGGGCUCUUCGCAGCGCAGAGUGAACGAG